CUGAACGACUGACCAUCAUAAUCUGAAGAAUUUGUCCACAAAAAAAAAAUCAUAAUCUGAAGAAAUGAAUGCGAUUCCCACGACAGCCGAAAUGGUCAGAUCCGAGAACCCAAAAGAUGUCUACUGGAGUGGACCCGACAAUCGAACACCCAACCCAAUAGGCCCAUGCUGGCCCUUCCUUCUGCUUUGCUGACUAUAAAUUGUUUUCAUGUUCGAACCCAACAAUUCACACUACGAAACAGUGAAGAAACCUGACAGCGGCAAUGGCGAGAUCAAGAAAAACCAAGCGCGAACGACCCGAAACUUCAUCUUCUUCCCAAAACGAUAAACAGCUAAUACUGAAGUGUAAGCCAACAAAGCACAUUGAUGCUGCAGUUUGGUUGAACACAAGAGAGAAGCAGCAAAACAAGGGAAACAACCAUUUUUCUCUAGAAAUGAUGAAUUCUAAUUCGACCACGAGAAAACGAGGAAGGGGUCUCAAUAAACGAUUUUGGACAACCAAGGAGGAUUCUGCAUUAGUCGAAUCAUUGCAAGAAUUAUAUCAUGACACCAGCUGGCGAGACGAUAAUGGUUUCAAAAAUGGUUACUUAGGCCAUAUAGAGGCUAUGCUGGAAUUUAAACUGCCGGGUUGUGGAAUACAUGCGUCUCCUCACAUUGAAUCACGAGUUAAGACGUUGAAGAAAAAAUAUUCUGCCUUAUGUGAGAUGUUAGCUCAAAAUGGUUUUGGUUGGGAUGACGAACAAAUGAUGCUGGUUUGUGAUAGAAGAGUAUAUGAUGAAUGGGUGAAGAAAAGAAAGGAGGCAAGUGGAUUGUAUGGGAGAUCAUUUCCAUUCUACUAUAUAUUUGGUGAGAUAUAUGGAAAGGGUCGUCCCAUUGGUGCAAAUGUUGGCAAUGCUGAUGAUGAAGAAGAGGAAAUUAGACGGGAGGAUGCAAACAUUGAUCAAACUCUAGGUGGAGACAAUGAUUUUGACGAAAAUGUGAAUCUGAAUGUUGAUAAGAAUAUGGAAUCAGAGUCUGAAGGGAUGGAAGAGUUUGAUGUAUCAUUUAGUAGCCAACAACGAAGACCUGCACAAAGUUCCCCAAGUGUUUCAGGUCAUGGACGCAGGGUGAAAGCAAAGGUAAUGGAGGAGGUAAGGAAGGGUUUCGGGAGUAUGGCAGCUUCCAUAGAAGCAAUGUCAUCAAAGAUUGAUGUUCUGAUUAAAAUUCUUUCACCUGAUAAGAAAGUGGGUGAAUUGCAAGCUAAACUUGACGGUGAGUUGAGCAAAAUUGAAGGUCUUACUGGGUUGCAAGUCUUUCGAGCCACAAAUAUUUUGGCCACCAAUCAUGACCUGCUGAGAGUGUUUUUCACCAUGUCUGAGGAAAGGAAAAAGAUAUAUGUUACAAAUCUGCUAGAGUAUGGCUUAUGAUUGAAAAUCAUGUUCUCAUUUUUUUAAAAAUGAUUCUAGCCAAAUGUAAAUAAUAUUUUGCUAUGAACUAUAUGAUCAUAACUUUACUGUGGUUAAUUAUUAA